AGUUGAAAUGGAUAUUUAUCAUACUACUGUUAAUGAAUUUUCUGCUUUGGGGCAAAUAUAUGAAUGGUGGAACAUUACAAGUGUUAGAGUAUUGUAUGUUUGGGAGGACAUGGAAAACAACAGGAUGCUCUUGUGGAUGAUAGAUCGCCAGAGAGAAAAAAUAUUAGCAAUCAUACCUCGCCAUUUAGUGCCCGGAUAUCGAAACAUGAAUCUGAAAGGAAAUGUAUUCUCUGUGCAACAUUUCCAAGUUGAUGAAUACCAUUUGGACAAUCCAAUGUACCAACAGUACAAAAUCUGCACCAGUGAUAAGGCGAUAAUGAUAAACCAUGCCACAACUUUUACUCGGUUAGCAAGCGAUUUUGCCAGUGGAUAUCCACUUUAUCCAAUUGUGUCUACUGUCACAACUGUUGCACAAGAUCAUACAAAUAAAAGAAGGCUUGUUGAUGUGGUUGGAAGAAUAGUAUGGGGAAAUCGAAUCAGACAGCUGCGAUCAUUUGAGUUAAUUCUCCAAGAUGAGACGUAA